AUGGACACGCAAGGAGAUUUGGUUCCCACAAAAUGCACGUCGGCGCCUAAUAACACGCCUGUUGACUCUUACACGACGUCUCCACAGCCGGAGAUGAAGAGCAGCAGCGUUAUUGACAUUGCGAUGGAGGAUGACGACGAGGAUGACGACGAGGACGAAGAGGAGGAAGAAGCGAACGAGGAAGAGGACGCACAGAGCAACGAUACUACACCUGUAGAGAGCAGGGAUCAAGAUAGCACGGCGGCUAACAGUGAUUCUGCGGCUAGCCCAUCGGAUACAGCUGAUCCCGCACCUGUACAUUCAGCUGACCAUGAAGGUGUCUCCAGUGUUUCCCACACUGAAGAGGAACAAAUCGGCGCAGAAAAUGCCGUAGCUGAUCCCGCCGACGGAACACUUCCAAACGCGGAAGGUGUUCAAGUACCUUCUAACGAAAUACCGCCCACUGGAAAAGCAGCCGAUGACGUACCACUUUCUAAUCACGUGGAGGAGGACAAAUCGGAUGGUAAUGGAAAUGAAGCGAAAGAGAACGUCGAUACGCCGCAGGUCAAUGGAGGCGAGGCCACAGAGGCUCCUGUGAAUACCGAAGAUGCAAGCACCACUGACACUGCAAAUACUGACGGAAUGAAAGAAACUAAUGGCGGUGUUGCGGGUGAUGCAAACUCCAAUACAGUUAAACUUGAAGUUGGUGAUGAGGGCUACGUACCUCCACCGCCACCUAAAUAUAUCAACUCUAAAUUGGACGGGCUGAGAUCAAGGCUCCUGCUUGACCCUAAGGAGAACAAACAGACUCCUAGACACGAUGAGGAUGUAGCUCAGGUGCUCUCCAACAUGAGAUCAUCUCCUUUCAGCCCUUCUUCCAACAGACUGACGCCUACGUCUGCGUCUUCGUCUUCGUCAAGUGACAAACAUCAUUACCACUUCACAAGUACAUUAAGCAGCAGUAGCAUUCUAGGGAGACCUUUGCUGUUCAGAAGCGAGAACUCCAGUCCAGAUUUCGGAAGUCCAAUUGGAACAGAAAACCAUAUUGAUACAAGUGAUGAAAAGAGCCCCAACAUGAUCUCUGAAACUAAAUCAGAAAUUAGCCAAAAUGAAACGUCUUCUUUAGAUGAUGGCGAAUCUUCGAAAGAAGCAGAGACAACAGUUAGCAAACCAUCUACUGAUAAUAUUACCACCGCAGAAAGCGCGAGUGAAACGAGCACAGGAAACACUGUUGCUGAGAAUGGAAAGGAUGAAGUAGUGAAAUCUGAGACGGAUGAAAUCGAAGACAAAGAGAAAGCUGAAAAAUUAACUAGAUUUAGAUCUAAAAUAAAGGAAGCUGAACGAAUACUAAGGGAACAGAAAACAAGAAAUAUAACAUGGAUCAAAAGUGGCAAGAGAAUAAAUCGGGAAUCAAGCACUCAUGACAGUUCCAACUCUUCUAUACCAAAAAGACUAAAAACCGAACCUUCGACAACAAUAGACAAACAAAGAAAAAUCAAACUGAAUAAAGCACCUGGAGCUGAUAACAAGCCUCCAAUAUCCGCUGCCAGCAAGGUAAAGAAAGAGGGUGAAAGAAAAAGAAAACCUGCAACGAGAUCACGUACCGGCUGUUGGAUUUGUAGAUUAAGAAAGAAGAAGUGUUCUGAAGAAAAACCCGCCUGCUUCAACUGUCAAAGAUUAAAUCUAGAUUGUUACUAUGAUGCCUUCAAACCUGACUUUGUUGCUGAUCCUGUUGUGAGAAAACAAAAGAUGGAUGAAAUUAGGAUGAAAACCAAAGAGGCCAAACGACAAGCAAUGAAAAAGAAAAACGCAAGACCUGCACCUUGA